AUGAAUUUUAAGAGUACUAAUAAAUUUAUAGUUUUAAUUAAUCUUCUGUCAGGAAAUCUUCUCCCAUCGAGUUAUGAAAAUUCGGAAUUUCAAUGGGGCUGGAAAAUAUAUGCGAUAAUUUUGUGGAUUUUGGAAACUAUCUAUUUUCUGUUUAGUUUUUUGGGAUUAUUUUUAGUACCAAAAGUCGAGGCACUACAAUAUGGAACAAUAAAUAUGGUUGUUUUAAUUGAAGUAUUAAUGCUUUCAAUUUAUGUGAAUUGCAGAAGAAAUGAUCUCAAACAAUUGAUAAAAAUGAUAAACAAUAUUUUGAACAACUCUGACGAAAAUAAGAUUCUAAAUUGUAUUCGUCUUACGACAAAUCCAAUAGACAAACCACUAAGAAUUUACAUAACGGCUGUCGUUGGGACGGUUUUUUUUUGGACUGUCUCGCCAAUAAUUAAAAUAAUGGAACAAAAUGAAUUUUCAAUUCUUGAUUUCCGGGUGCCAACGUAUUUCAUCGAAGAAUCAUUUACAAUGAUACUUUUCAUUUGCGGUACUUUAUUCCAAGCAAUUUCUGCCUCCAUUCUAAUCGGUAAAAAAUCGAGUAUCGACUUUUAUGUGAUUCACAUGAUCACAUUGGUUACGUCGGAAUAUCGUUACGUUAGUGACGAAUUAGAAUCACUAUUUGAAACUAAUAGUGUCAUCGAUUUGAAAAUUAGCGACAAAGACGAAAAAUUAUUUGACAAUGUUUCAAGAAUAAAAAAAUUCAAAAGACUCAUUCAACAUCAUAAUUCUGUAACAGAAAUCGGUAAAUUGCUGAAAAGUCUUUUAUCAUUGAAUAUUGCAUUAACAUACGGUAAUUGCAUAUUUCGAUUCUGUUUUUUGUCAUUUAUGAUAAUAACGUUACCAAUAUCAAUUUUUGACAAAUGUUUAAUUGUGCUCUACACUUCCGGUUCUAUGAUACAAGUUUUCAUGUUAUGUUAUUGCGCUCAAACAUUAUUAGAAGCGAGUACAAGUGUAACAAAAAAUGCAUUUUACAAAGAAUGGUACAAGUGUGAUUUAUCUUGUCAAAAAAUUUACUUCAAUAUGAUGAUUUCGAAUAAACUCGAAUGUAAAUUAACAGCUUUUGGAACAAUAGAUAUGAGUAUAAGUACUUUCAUGAUAAUAUUGAAGCAAUCGUAUUCAGCUUGUUUAUUUCUACUAAAACUUAAUUAUUAA